AUGGGCCUAUUCUCGUGUCUGCGUAAAGUCCAGCCCGAGGAGGCGCCAGCAACAAAGGCGAAGCCGUCGAAGUACGCGGACCUCGCGGCGUGGUCGGACUCCACGUCGAACACGCUCGCGCACGACCCGCGCAAGGUCAACGUCAUGGACGUGACGCUCGUCCGCGCCUCGGGCUUGCUGGCCAUGGACCUUAGCCUGUUCUCGAAGAACUCGAGCGACCCACUGGCCAUUUUGAGAUGUGCGGGCCUCGAGUUCAAGUCCACCACAAAAAAGCGCACGCUGGCGCCCUACUGGAAGGAGUCGUUCCGUUUCCCGCUGUUGGACUCGACGCGCGACGAGGUGCUGGAGGUCGAGAUCGAAGAUUACGAUUUGAUCAGCGGCAACGACUUCAUGGGCAAGUGCCGCGUGCCCCUCCAGUACCUCCAGCUCUCGGAGACGAUGAAGGUGCCCCUCGGCGAUAAAAAAACGGGCGCGAAGGAUAAAGAACGAGGUUCCAUUGAAUUAGAGAUCACUUUAUCCUAUGAUGAAAAGUACGACUACUUCCCCGAGGAAAAACCGAUGAAUGGAGAGCCAAAUUUACUAAUGAUCGGUGUUACACGAGGCCGCGACCUUUUGCCGAUGGAUGUUCAACUGAGCUCGGCGUUCCGCGGCUCGACGACUUCUGAUCCAAAAUGCUCCAUCACCAUAGCGAACAAGACGUUCACGACGGAAAUGAUCGCGAAGACCCUCAACCCCCAGUGGCAUGCUCGAUUCGAGGUCCAGGUCGAGGGUCCCUCUCAUAAAAUCCAUCUAAAUGUGGAGGACGUCGACGUGCUGUCGGGCAACGAUUUCAUGGGUCGGUGUGAGAUCAAUCUCGACGAGUACGCGGACGGGAAGCGACAUCGACACUGGCACCCUUUGUUGGAUAAGAAGGGUCGCAAAGAUAAGAAUAGAGGUGAGGUGGAAAUUGUAGUCAGGUGGGUCCACGAACCUAGACUGAGACGCUUCGUCGACGAUGACAAGGGGGAGGGCCCGGCGAACGAGUUGUGCGUGUGCGUCGUGCAAGCCAUGAAUUUACUAGCGAUGGACGGUUCUGGAAUGCUCGGGCUGGGCAAGGCGAAGCUGUCGGACCCCCUGGCCAAGGUAAGACUGGGAGGCGCCAAGGACUGGUCCUGCUCGCCGCACGUCCCCAAAACACUAAAACCCUUCUGGAACCGCGAGUUCCGAUUGCCCAUCUCAUCAGAUGAUAUAGAGAGGGGCGCGACGACGCUGGACAUAGAAGUAGAGGACUACGACAAGGGUUCAUUGAACGACUUCAUGGGCUCCGUGAGCAUACCUAUCAUAAUUGAGCGCGGCCCGUCGUCCCGCACGUGGCACGCUCUGACAGGUCCCAAGGGUGUUGAUGGUGGAAGGAUAGAGGUCCAGUUGCGAUGCGUGCGCAACCCCGCGUUAGUACAUUUCGAGGAGGACAACAAAAAUGAGUACAAGAAGAGGAAGCCUAAUGAACUGAGAGUAGCAGUCAUUGGCGCGCAGAACUUGGUAGAUGAGGGUGGGGUUGUACCUACAAUAGACCCGCGCUGCGCGGUGCAUUUGUGGCCCUUCUCGCGCUCGACAAAAUCGCGCGCGUCUCGACAACCGACCUGGAACGCGGCCUACACCUUCCGCGUGCCGUCAGCCGAUACUUUUGAUGCGUUCGGGGGCGACUGCGCGGCGUCUGAAGUUCCCACAGCCAUGGAGUGCUCCGUGCGGUCCAAGGGGCGCGUCCUCGGGCGCGUGUUGCUAGGGCUGAAGGAGCUGAAAGAUCGGAAAGUACGAAAAGGUUUUUAUACGUUAACGGACCAGGAGGAGGACAGUUCCAUCACGAAGCCCACCAACAAUUCAGCGAAGGACGGCCCCUGCGUCGAGGUCUGGGCCCAGUGGCUCUACAACCCCGACGCGGACUUUGAUCUGGAGGGGGAGAACGACGACGCGAGUGGCAUGCAAGCGCCGAACUUGCUACGAGUGGCUUUAUUAUGUGCGACGGGCCUGGAGAAGGACGAGGCCUGCUGCGCAGCCAAAGCUUCAGGACACGUCGCGCGCACGCCAAUGCUGUCGUCAGAGGCCCUCGAGUGGCACGCCGCCUUCGCACUGCCCAUCGACACCUCUUCCCAGUUCUUGAGGGUUGCGCUCGAGAGCACGCCGGGCGACGAGUUCGGCUACUCCACAAUUCCACUCACAAACCUCAAGGACGGCAAAGUAAAGAGGGGCUGGCUCGCGGUCAAAAGAAUAGCGGCGCCCGGCGCGCUGUCGCUCGGCGACGUCUUCCUCCAGGCGAAGGCGGCCGCGCCGCGGCCGGCCCCCGCGUGGUCGGCACCGGAAGAUGCGGAGCUGACGCGGCUCGUACAAGUGCACGACUCCGACUGGAACACGAUCGCCGCGGCCAUGCCUGGUCGCGAUAAUAGUGAUUGUCGGAAGCGAUGGGUCUACACGCUAGAUCCUACGACCGCGGCACCCGUCGAGGCACCACAGGAGGAGGAGCAGCCCGAGGUCGAGGGCGUCGUCGUCGAGGAAGAAGACGAGUCGGAACCGCCGGCGAGCCCCGACGAGACCGAUCCUUUCACGCCCGACAAGCCCCACUGGUGCCGGUUUAAUGUCGAGAAGCGCGACGUCAAGUGGCUCCUCAAGAAACAAUGGUCCAAGCUCGCCGCCGCGCGCGCGCUCCAGCAGGGCGGCCACGGCCGCGUCGAAAUCGCCGCGCGCUGGGUCUACGACGCGGCGUUGGACCACUUCCCGGACGACGACGGCGUUGCGGCGCGGCCGAACUGUUUGAAAGUUGCGGUUAUAGGAGGACGGGGCCUCAGCAACGCGAAAAGACGUUCAUUGCCGCGCGACACUUAUGUAUCCAUAAAAAUGGGCCCGGACGUCGCCUUCACUUCAUCAAUAGAGGCCUUUCCGGCCGAGGACCGGCCGCGCUGGAACUGUGCCGUGACGCUACCCGUCGAGGACGAAGCCCCCCUCGAAUUAAAUGUCUACGCGGCGAAGAAGUUAAUAGCGUCGGGCACGUUCACCGUGGAUUUGAGUGAUAAGGGUAGACAUCGGAGAUGGUUCGACCUGAGUCCGACGUCGCGCUGCGGCAAGGAUUUAGCAGAUAAGGUCCCGCCGGGCCUAGAUCUCAUCAUGCGGUGGUCCUACGAGCCGUCCUACGACUUUGGGAAACGGCGGGCCUACCCGGACGAGGACAUCGCGCGCGAGCCGAACGAGGUCGGCUUGGCCGUUGUGCAGGUCCGCGAGAAAGUUGAAAACGCAAGGCCGCCCCUGUGGAGACCCGGGCGCGAGCUGGCGCCGUAUUCAGUAAAACUGAAGUGCGGGCCGAAGCUCGAGGCGACGACCAAUGAAGUCGCGCCUGUUUAUGGAGGGGCCGUUUUUGUCGGCGAUGCGACGUCGCUCAGAAAGCCGAAGCAAGGCCACGCCAAGGGCACGCCGCUCGAGAUAACGGUGGAGCGCCAGGGGCGCGUCGUCGGCGUCGGUUCCACCAAUGUGGACGAGAUCUUCUCAUCUACCUCAAAAGUGAAGAGGAUCCGGAUCUGGGUCCCUCUAGGACCACCGAAGCGCCGGGGCGCCCUCGCCAAACUGAAAGACGUCCCCCAAAAAACGGCUCGAGCGUUGCACGGCGGGCCGUACGGCGCGGAGCUCGAGGUGGAAGUAGCGGCCUGGGUGUGCUUCAACGCGUCGCGGACGGCUCGAUUAGGGAGGUUGGAGCGGGACUUAGGUCACGAGCGAUCCAGACCCCUCACCAUCUGCUGGUACGAGGUGGCCAAGGGCGGGUCGGUGGUCGUGGCGCCGGCGGCGCGGUCUUUAUUAAGACCGCCGCUCUUCGAGGAUGGCAGGGUUGCUGUGGUGGAGGAAGUGAGGCAUAGGGCCGUGGGCGCGGCGGGCGGUCGGAAAAGGCGGGCGCAGCGGCCCCAGGCGAUGUAUCCCCAAGGAGCGCUACUACGGUCGACGCCGAUCGUGCGCUUCGCCGGUCUUAAGGGAGCGCACGCCUGCGCUGCUUUGUCUGAAGCCGUCGCGCGGCUCGAGGGUUUGGACGCGCCCUUUUCGCUUCGAGUGGACCACUGGGCCGGCGAGCUGCGCGGUUCUUAUGGCGAGGCCGUGCGGUUCCCGCGCGACCCGCCGGGCCCCGGCCGCCGCCGCCGGCCGCUGCCGCGGCGCGGCGGCGAGUGGCACGAGCGCUACCGCGCGCGGCUCAACGACGGCUCGCCGGCGCACCUGAACGUCGCCCGGCUCGAGCGCCUCGCGACGGACUACCAGAUGGUCCGACGGGGCGACAUCGCGCGGGAGGUGGCCCUCGUCGCUUCACUAUCAACGCGCGACGACAUCGUGCAACCGCUUGGGGCCUGGCUCGGCGCCGCGCGGGGCCCCGGCGUGGCGCUGCCCUUCGAGGACCGCGUCUCGCUGACGGAUCAUGCGGGAGGCGGCAAGGGCGCCCUGUACGAUCAGGACCGCGCGGCGCUCGUCGCGUCGAGAAUCACGACGAUCCUGCGGGACGCGGCGGCGGCCGUGGGCCACUGCCAUUCCAAAAACGUGCUGCACGGCGGCGUGUCGCACGAUUCGUUUGUGGUGGCCCAGAAGACCCGGGGUCCGGUGCUGCAGCUCACGGGCUUCGAAUUGGCAUCGCCUUUGAUCGUACCUCAGCAGAAGUCCGGCCGGCCAAUGACCACGCCCCUACCCACGGCGUUGGUGCGGGGCUACGUCCCGGCGUACCGCUCGCCGGAAGUGGAAAAAGCGGUGGCCCAGCUCGCGCAGGCCGCGUCGAAGAGGCAACUUGAUAUAAGACGCGUCGAAACGAAGGUGACCGCGGCGGAGGCGGACGUCUGGGCGUUGGGGGUCCUCGCCCUCAACCUCUUCGAGCCGCGGCGUUUGAGAAGAGCGCAGCAGUGCCCGCCGCCCCCGCCGCCGCCGAAAGGUGACGAUACCGAAUCGGACGACGACGACGAGGGCCCCUUCUCGCUUGAAGAAAGAGACCGCGACGAGCCCCUGCCGCGCGACGCGUCGCAAGCCGACAUGCGGAGGCGCGACCACUUCGACCCCGCCGGCGAGCGGGCACGUGACUCAUACGAAGCGUACGCGCGCAAAGAUCUCAAUGGCCCGAAGAUGAGUUCUGAUGCGGUGCGGACCUGGCUCCGGAAAAGAGUGCAGGCGACGCUCGAUGAGACCCCCGCGGACGCGACGACGACGCACCAAGCUUGUAAGUUGCUCAUCGAGACGCGGACGUCCGCGCGCUUAGAUGGGAGAACUCUGUUGAGACAUGCCUCGGAUCCAGCUAGAAUCCUGAGCUUCCUGGGCUUAGCAAGAGGCGAGCGGAGCGACACAUCCGCCUCCCAGUCCCAGAACACGUCGCCCUACACGAGCAAGGCCCCGUCGUCCCACUCGCCCGAGCGCACGUCGUCGCCCGCCUCGUCCACGGGAACGCGCGCGUCCAAGACCUUCCCUGAGGGGUCAAGAAGUGUCGACUCGCCGAAGUUCCUCACGCCGCCCAAGACGCCCGCGAGCGAGGAGGACGACUUCGGGACGUUCGAGACGCCGGGCGGCGACUUUGGAAGUAGGGCGGCGUCGGCGGGCGCGGCGUCGUCGCGCGCUUUGGUGCGGUCGGCGUCGAAGCUGGCCAGCGUGCAGGAGCGGCAAGGUAGGGAGAACCUGGGCGCGGCGGCGCUCGUGUGUCGACUGGUGGACGAAGCGUUUGAGAGGUACCCGAUGCCCAAGGCCCUGCGCACGGCUGUGGAGCGUUGCUUGGACAAGGACGUGUCCGCGAGGCCGCGCGACGGUACGAAGGCCAAAGUGCUCUUCGCGGCCGCGGUGGACGAGGCCGAACAGAACGACGACGCGUCCUCCAAAAGGUCCCUGAAGGGGUUACUCCGAAAGGGGGGUUCUAGCGUCUUCUUCACGCAGCUCUCCGGAAAUGAACCCGAGGCGACGGACGUUCCGAAGGGGCCGCCGACGAAGCUGAGGGUCAUGCUUUCAAAAGCACGCGAUCUGCCGGCCGUGGACAAGUCGCGCUUCUCGCGGGCGUCGUCGGACCCCGUGUGUCGAUUGGGCAUCGUGGGCAGCGGCGGGCGCAAAAUACCAAAAAAGAAGGGCCACACGUCGUCGAUCAAAUUCAAAAACCUGAACCCGACGUGGGAGGAGACCUUUGACCUGCCGGCGCACGACGCCGUCGACGGGGCCGAGCUUUUGGUGGUGGUCGAGGACUACGACAAGGUCGGCAGCAACGACUUCAUGGGCCUCGUGAGCCUGCCGCUGCAGGAUAUCGGGAGAGGUGGGUUGGAGGCGUCCUCAGAUUGGGUUACACAAUGGUACGAUUUGGUCGACGCCAAGGGUCGAGCGGACAAGCCGCGGGGCGCCGUAGAACUCAAAUACAUGUGGGUCGCGGGGCAGCCCGUUCCCGGGUCAUCUACCGUAGGUUCGACGGUCACCAAGAAAUCUUUGGAGCCAGUCACGAAGCCGGCGCGUGCGAAGCUGUGCGUCGAGGUCGCGCUCGGGCUCGCGGCCGCCGGCGAGGCGGAGCGCGCCCAGCCCUUCCUCGACGAGGCCUUGGACGCCGUGGCGCGCGCGGCCGCGAUCGCGCCGCCGUCGCCCGCGAAGCGGCCCUCGCGCGAGUCGGAGAUCGCGGCGGCGCUCGCGCUCGAGGCCGCGGGCCGGCGCUGCGACGACGAGGCCGCGGUGCGCUUUGUGGCGGCUUCGGUCGCCAAGGCCGGCGGGCUUGAGAAGGAUUGCUUCGCGGCGCUGCGCCAGGCGGCCGCGGCGCGGGAGCGGCGCUACCACGAGGGCCACCCGCUCGUGGCGGCGGCGCGGUGCGCCGUCGCGGCGCAGGCGCGGCGCUGCCUGGCGCCCGGCGAAAGAGACACGCGCGUGGCCCACGAGCGCGCCGUCGCCUCACUAUCAAAGAUGCGCGGCGGCAGCGUGAACGACGCGGAGCGCGGCGCCGCGGAGGUCGUCCAGAUGGCGCGGCUCGGCGCCGACGCCGUCCGCGGCGUGGUUCUGAAGUUAGAACUGGAGGCUUUGGCGCAGAUCACCGCGAAGCGGACCGAGUUGGAGGCGCAGAUCAGCGUGAAGAACCUCGCGCUGGAGCGGUGGGACGAGUUUGAAGGGACGGGGCCGUGUUUCGCUGAUUUCUCUGAACACGGCGUCGAAGAAGAGUUGCUGGAGCGCGCGCGCCGCGGGUAUCACCUUGGGCGCGUGGACCUCGCGGCCCUCGAAGCGGGCGCGGUCGCAUGCCGGCGCCACGUCGCUUCCUUAAACGCGACGGUGAAAAUGAUCGACGACGCGCACGGCGCCAUGGACGAGGCUAGAAGAGCAUUGUGCUCCUGCGACGACGCGGCGGUAAAAGACGUCCUGGCGGCGCUGACGCCCGACGACGUCGAGUGCCUCGAGCAGGCCCACGUCGACGCGGUCGAGCGGGCCUUCGAGCGCGGCGAGGACGUGUCGGGCCGCCACUUCCCCGGCGCCGAGGUCGUGCCGCGCGGCGGGGGCUCGAGCGCCGCGCGUUCGCGGCGGAGCAUACAAUCGCGGGCCUCGACGCGCGACGAGGAGUCGUUCUCGGGCAGCGAGGCCUACACGUCCAGCGGCCCGGACGACGCCGACCCGGUCGCGCCGAGCGAGCGGCUCCACCGCUCCGCGCUGUACCUGGCUUUGAAUGUCGACGAGGACCACCUUUUCGACGCGCGUGUGAUGGACUACGUCUCACCGACGCCCGCCCUGGCGGACGAGGUCUCCUUUCCCGUGCUCCCGCCGACGCCGCGGCCGCCGACGCCGCCGCCGACGCCGCCGCCGCCCGAGGUCACGCCGCGGUAUCUGAAGGACGGCCAACACCGGCCACCGAGGCACCUGUCGAAUCAGGAUCGCGGGACUUUCCCACAGCCUCUGAUGUUGGGGAGUCCUUAA